AUGAUGGAGACUGGAGCUAUUAAUCAGCCUGAACCACAGAAACAAAUGUGGUGUGAGAAAAAGCAGGCUGCUGUUCAUGAGGAAGUCAAGAGAAUGAACCAACUUCCUGCUAACAGUGCAUAUGUCACGCACCGUCUGAAGGUUCUAAAUAAAAUUCUGCAACUCAUGUCAGUUCAGAGAACUAAAUUACAGGAGCAGGAGUUGGAGUUGCUUUUUGCUGGCCUUUCUUUGUAA